AUGCCUUUUCACGAAGUAGCGGAAAUACGGGUCUGCCUGCUGCUCAUAAGCCUUUUGUGGGAGCCUUUGUCAAGAGUCCAGUUGGAGGCUCAGAGAAUGAAUGACUUUUCCUCUGCAGCAACUCAGUUUCAAGAACUUCCGUAUCAUGAAGCCUUGUCCUUUUUGGCCGCCAUCGCCGCCAUCGCCACCAUUGCCCACAACCCCACCAACCCUGUCUAA